AUAAAAUUAAGACUCAGUGUCAUUUUAAAUAAGGGUUUAUUCUACUUAGAAAACUACAAUACCUUAUCUUUAUUGUACUUCAAUAAUACCUUCAUAAAUCCACCUAGUUGCAGCCGUUGCAAAAUGAAUGCGCAUUCAACAGCCGUGGCCAUCAUAGAUAUGGAACUGGAUUUCGAUGAGGGUGUGGAUGAACACGGUGACGGAGGAGUCGACUCGGAGGAAGUGGCUCAGGGCGGGGAUGUGCGGGCGCUGGUGCGGCGGCUGCAGGCUAGUCACGUGUGGAUCCGGCAGCAGAUGACGCACCUCCAGCGCCGCCUGGUGACCCUCCAGUUGGACAGGCAAAGGCGCCUCUACGAGGGAAGGGAUCGGCUGCAGCGACUCCUGCGGAACUUGCAGGUGAGAUACGGACGCAACUGGGGCCUGUAGGCGAAGUUCGGAAGUUGGAGCUGAAAUUCGGGUGCCAUCACCUCGAGGCACGGAGCUGAUGUGACGAACGGUCCCAAAUACAUGCGAUGUGUCGGGGUGGCGUCUGAAUUGCUUACACAAUUUGAGCAUGUUGUGGGAAGUUAAAUAUACAAA